AUGCCUCACGAUAAUAAUGAUAACACGAACGGCCGGCGUUCUGAUCAUGGCGAUGUCGAGAACAACCCUUUCAUUGCCUUUCGUCGAUUCGCAGACUCGCAUGUCUCCUCUUUAAUGAAUACGGUCUUCACGCUCCCAGCUACGCUUGCCAAUUACAACAAUGCCUAUCACGCCCGCGAACAAUGCCUAUUCGGCCACGCAGAUCCCGAGAAAUGCGAGAGGCUGAGGCGCCUCGAGAACAAGACUGUUGAGUUGGCUGAGCAUGGUCGUGAACUAUAUCGUACAGGAGACGUUCAGGCUGUGCUGGCCAAAAGCGAUGAGCUUCUUUCGCUCGAAAGGGAAGCAGACGAGUUGCGCAGAAACAUUGUAGAAGAUGCAAGAGGUGUAGGGUCUGUGGAGAUGGAGAAAUACAAUAGCAUCGAGCAAAAUGGAAAAACAAGCAAAUGUGAGGAUCGACAUUGGAACUGGUCAUGGAACUGGGAAUAUCCCAAAUCCAACAACGGCCAUGGGCGAACAAAUAGGGACGAUGAAGAUGAUUGCACAUGGCCAGGUCGCGAAAGAAAUCAGGAGAAGGCGUACCGCGAAGAGGAUGUUCGAAAACAGUUCGAUGAAGAAUGGGAACAAAUGGAUGCUAAUUGGAAGCGUUUGAGACGAUACAUGCAGGAUGAGAGGGCAUACGCUUUCAGAGACGAGCCUAGAGUCUGGAGUUGGUCUUUCAGAUGGCCACCGCCAGCUGACAGUUCUACCGACAACAACAUGCAACUCGAACGGCAGGAAAGGUCGGGUGGCGAAUCUUUUGGAACAUUCAUGGAUGAAGUCUCCCGCAUGUUCUUCCAACACCCAUCCCCAUCCUCCUAUGAACCAUAUUCACCGCAGACGCUUGAGGGGGACCGUCGGCUCCAGUCCACAGGCAUUCAAUGGAGAGAUGCUUACGAAGACCUGAUGCGCACGGAACGAGGGCUCGAGUUGAUGGACAAGAGCCAGCUUGGUCAAUCUAGGCAUUUGCCGUAUCAUCAAUGGUCACGGCGUUUCCUUUACCCUGAUUUCGCUCGACCUUCUGGAAGCCCCAUUCCAUCUCAUGGUCAGACACCUGGGCGCGUUCCAUGGGAAGGGGAAGAGGCUAAUGAUGAACCGCACUACGAGUAUGCGCAUGAUCAUGAGGACCAACACGACGAGCCGGCUUCACCGAAGAUACAAGAUAGUCAGAACCAGGAGACAGAACUGGACGCCUACGAACGACUACUGGAUCCGACGAAUCAGCCUAUCCGUAAUUCAGGAGACAACCAGCCUUCGAUAUUGUCGACUCUCACGACUACAGAGCGGACAGUAUCCCCUGAUGGCACUAUUACAACUAAAGUGGUAUUAAAGAAGCGAUUUUCCGAUGGCAAAGAGGAAACUUCCGAGACAACUCACACACAACAUGGCGAGGAGAAUGUCAAUAAAACGUAUGUGCCGGAACAAAAAAAUACAGUCAAUGAGAAAAAGAACAGCGGGUGGUUUUGGUCUGGGUGAAUGGUUCUUUGUACAUCGGCGCAAUCUGGAAUAGCACUAUGCCAUACUUUCUAGCGCCCAGGUUGGCCUCGAUUUGGUUGUAUACGGGCAAAUUGCAUGAUCUCUAUUCUUUCUAAGUAGUAUGAUAUCCCCUCUCCGUCAAAUAUAGCAUUACACAUAGCGUAUUAUAGCACCAAAUAUCUUAGGUUUCUGGACUACAAUUGAUUAUAGUUGCAUUCAUGU